AUGUCCCGACUACAGCAAGAUCAGUUCGUCGAUGACGAGGAGGAGGAAUGCUGCCCGCUAUGUGUCGAAGAGUUCGACCUGUCGGACAGGAACUUCCGGCCGUGUCCAUGUGGCUACCAGAUAUGCCAGUUCUGCUUCAACAAUAUCAAGACCACUAUGAACGGGCUGUGUCCGGCCUGUCGACGCCCCUACGACGAGGCAACAAUCGAGUGGAAAACUAUAUCCCCCGAAGAGAUGGCCAAGCACAAGCAGCAAAUCGCGCAAAAAGCAAAGAAGAAUGCGCAGAUACGGCAAAAGGAGGCGCAAAAGGCCGAAGCGGACUCGCUCAGCCGCAAACACCUGGCCGGUCUGCGUGUCGUUCAGAAGAACCUGGUCUACGUCACGGGCCUCACGCCAACCAUACGCGAAGACCGCCUGCUCGACACACUCCGUGGUGAGGACUAUUUUGGACAAUACGGCAAGAUUAUCAAGAUUGUUGUGAGCAAAGCCCGGGAGAACGCGCACCAUCAGCAGUCGGUGGGUGUCUACGUAACAUUCGCUCGUAAGCACGAUGCCGAGGCGUGUAUCAAAGCUGUCGACGGCUCGCAGAACGGGGACAGGACAUUAAGAGCGCAAUACGGCACGACCAAGUACUGCUCAGCAUAUCUUCGUGGCGAGCAAUGCAACAAUCGUAACUGCAUGUUCCUGCACGAACCCGGCGAAGACAACGAUAGCUUCACCCGCCAAGAUCUCUCCAUGAUGAAUUCGAUUCAAACGCAACAGCCCGCUCUAUCAUCGACAUCUCGAGCCGCACCUCCCUCUCAUCCUGGUCCACCCGUUGCCGCUGCAACUCCUAUGAACCGACAAGACAGCAAUGACACCUCGAGCUCGUCGCAAGAUGCGCCAGGUUUACCAGCAACCGCGAGCUGGGGAAGCCGGGCAGCGCUGGAGCGUCGUGCGAGCCGCUCAACUAUCGCUUCGAAUCCCAGUCCGAUGGUGACGAAUGCCGUUCCUGCACCGGCAGCGAAAACACCAAAAGUUGAGGAGUUGAUCAAAAAGAAGGCCAAGGAAAAGGAACAGGAGAAGGAGAAAUCUGCGCAAACGUCAAAGUCCCCUACCCCACCGCCCGCUCCCACUCCCGCUCCCAUCGCACGCUCUUCCAAACCUCGCGACAAUGUUCUCAAGGAUUUUCUCAAAGCCAUCUGCUCGCCUGACUUUAAGUUUGUUUUCUCUAGCGCGGUUUUGUCAGAUGACGAAUUCAAGGCCAUCACUGAGUUUCCUCAACUGCUGGAUCCUAACGGUGGGGCAAAACGACGUGCUAUGAGAGAGAAGGAAAGAGAGUUGGCGCUACAGCGGGAGGUCGAGGCCGCCGAGGCCGAGGCGAAAAUUCCCUCCCAACAAGCACCAGCUGCUGAGCGGGAAGAUGUUGACGAAACCGUCGGGGGUAGCUUACAGCUUGGCGGAGAGCCAGAGGAGGGACACGGCGGCAGUACGAGCCAUGCAAACCACCAUACAAUCGCCCCACCCAGCCAGCAAGCCUUCGGAGGCAACUUGUUCGGGCAGAAUCCCUCGUUGGCUGAGGAUUUUAGCAGUCUUGGUCUAAGCAAUCGGGGCCUGACGCCACAGCAGCAGCAGCAGCUUCUACUUUCCAACUUCAAGUCGGGCACUCAAUCCACCGGACUGCAACCCAACACGCAACCUCAGCAGCAGGGGCUGAGCGGAAAUGCCCAAGGCCACACUAGACACACUUCUCGAUUCAGCUUUGCCAACGACAGCGCGUCUGCUUCUGCAAAUGUACAACCUGUUGCGAAUCAGAAGUUGAUGAGUCAACAGAACUCAAUGAUGCCGAAGAACGCAAACCAAUUCAGCCAAAUUCCUCAGCACCAACAGUUCUUCACUAAUGUGCAAGGACCGCCUCCUGGGCUGAAGCCCACCGGCACCCCACCUGUCAGCGGGACUGGCAUGUUCGGUCAAGGUCACGGAUUUGCUACUGGCGGUCUCGCUUAUGGCGCGAACGCUGCUGGAAGGAACAACAAUGAUGCAAUGUAUCAAGACUUGCUCCGAAGCAGGAACAUGGACGGUGCCAGGGUAGCGGAUGCUGGAAAGCGUGAGUCAAUGUUUCCUUCUUUUCUUAAUCAACACUCCACAAGCUCUACGCCUACACCUGCCCCUGGUCUUUUAAGCUUCCCUUAUGGCCCUUCGCCUGGCGCUUACCAGGAAUCUGGUUCGCAGAAAUCCAAGAAAAAGGGAAAGAAACACAGACACGCUAACACUUCCUCUUCUGGAGGAGGUGGUCUAGCUGAUGUCCAGGACCCGAGUAUCUUGCAGGCGAGGUUGCACCAAGGUGGCAUGGCCGGGCAGGGUUUGUACGGCCAAGGCCAGAGUGGGUUUUCCUCUCUAUAUGCAAACAACAACUACGGCGGCGCUGGGCGAUGGUAG